CGUGGGAUGAGAUCAGAACUGAAAUCCACUUGUGACUCACCACAUGCUUUCGCUGCACUGAUGCACAGUUCCUCUGCUAUGUACUCCCCGGCCGGGAACGUGAGUGCACUUUCUGAAUCACUGGCCCCGCCCCUUCCUUCACUCCCCUGACAGUAAAGGUGAACUGUGAGGCAGAUGACGUCCUUUUCCUGCUUGGGCUGGAGAGUGGCUGCUGGGUCCAGGUGGCCAUUGUGAGUUGCUGUUGGACUGGAGGUGGGUUGGUCCAUGUUUGUCAGCACAAUACAGGCCAUGGGAUGUUUUGUUCAAACAUCAGACUGAAAUGGAAACAAACAAUGUUCAAACUACUAAAAGAUAGCUCUAAAAAAUGCUACUUAAAUAGAAAAACAUCGACAAACAAAUAAGAGGUACUGUUAUGUCCUAGGGGGUGCCGAUAUGGACUCAAACUAAGAGGUCGUCAUGAAGCUUUAGACAAAAUGUUCCUUUAUUACCAUAAACUGUUGGCAUUAUCAUUUCCAUUGACUCUUAAUGAAGAUGUUAAUUUAAAAAAAGUUACUGUUGGACUAUCAGCAGGUUUUAGCGUUAAUGUUAAUAUGACGCACAGCAGUAGUUCAGGCAGGACACGGAGUCAAGCUAAAGGCUACAGUCAGCUGAUCUUAAGCCAACCCUCAGUCAGCUGACAGCUCAGAUGAUCGCCCUCUACACAUCCUAUUGGCUAAUUUCAAACUGCUUCUCCUGCCUACUUUGACUGCUGCAACCACUCUGCAACCCACCUCCACCCCAGCUCCUCCUGUUUGUGUUGUGUCUGAUCUUACCAGCGUCAUAUGUAUUGUCACUGAUGCUUGCUCUGUUCUGUGGGGGACUUUAAUUUAUUUAUCUUAAUCAUAUUUAUUUGCUGCUGCUUUCUCUGCCUUGGCUUUUCAUGUCUGCACAUGAAAAGGAGGGGAGGACCUCUCCUCUCUUAUAGCCAUGGCAUUCCAUGCGAGUGCAUGGAAGGGCAGGGAACAAUGUAGAAGUGUUUGCUUGUAAUAAAUAAUUAAUUUUGACUAAAGUUGUCCUGACUGAAGUAAACUUUUGUUGAUUUUGAGCAGAAUUAAUAGAUUGAGGUCUUUGUUCAGGGACAGAUCAAGAGUAAACAGAGUUCAAUUUUAGAUUUUUGCUCACUUCUGUCCAUUUCAGACUGUUUCUGCUUUGCUAAACACGCUCACUACGCUGAAAUAACUCAACAUUUUAUAUAUUUUCUCUUGGGACUUUUAUGUUGUUUUUAAUGAAGAAAAUAUGGUGAGGAAAUCUGAACACAGAAUCACAUAAAAUCUUACCCUUCCACUUAUCAGAAAUGUCCCUCUUUAUGGGGUUUUGGUUCUUCAAAAAGGGUCGGGUAAAAACUGUCCUGAUCAAGAGUUAAAUUUUGUUGUUUUAUAAAAUCCUUUAACAUUCAUGGAGUCAUCUUUUUUUCAUGUAAACCUUCAACUUUGGCAGAAGUCCCUGGAAAAGGUUAUUGAAGUGUUUAAUAUGAUCAAAAGGAAAGUCCUCAAAUGAACCCUAAAGGCUGACGUGAAAAACAACAAGCCAUAAUCUAAACAACACUAGAGAGAACUGAGUUAGGGUUACUCAUUAAACAUCUACUUUCCCAGCAAACAGUGUUUGAUUUGGCAGAUAAAGAAGAUUUCAACAUUACUCUUUUAAGUCAGCACAGCGGUGUAUACUUUCGUAAUGUGGCCUAAUAUUUAAAUACACUACAGACCAAGAGUAAAUCCAGCUGAGAACAGAGCAUUCAUCCUUCAUCUGUUCACUAUAAUCUUCUCCUUCAUGCUAAAAUACUUCUACUAUCGAGCGGCAGUAAAGUUUGACACUCACGUGGCACCAGUAGGUUUAGGGUGACCACAGACAUCCUGAGCAGAGUCUCUGUCAGAUGCCUGAGAUGCUAUAAUCCCUCAUCUGCGACCAAAAUUGCUAUCUAACACAAGAUAAGGAUCACUUAUCAUGAAGUAUUUGUGGUCUAACACAGCACAUCAUUUAUCCAAAGACCACAGAGCGGCUGCACAGACUCACUUGGUUGGUAUGUAGAGAAAAGCCUCAUAAUACACCACAUGGAAUCAAAUUUGGCGCUUCCUCUACGUCAAGUUGUACAUUUCAGUGACACCGCCAACUGCAGCACCAUCAUGUUUUAGAGCAGCUCCCCUCUUAUUUCAACGUCUCAAUUUUUGUGCUUUUUGUCAGAAAAAUCAUUAAAAUGCAAAUUAAUUUGAAUCAGUUCAUGUCCAUAUCCCUCUACAAGACUCUUCUUCACAUCACAUUAUUUCAUUUCAGCUUUUCAAUGACAGUUUUUUCCUCUUACAUGCAGAAACAGUUUGGAUGCAGGAGUACCCAAUAAAUUCAUCCACAACAUGGUCAGACUUUUUCCAUUCAGAAUAAUACAGAUAUGAUGUACAGCUACAUUGAUGAGCAACAGUUAUAGAACUUAAGAGUGAGGGGCUUACAUUAUCCUGCAUUUGCACAGCCCAACAUGAGCGGUGUUACCAGCUGUUGAGCAUGAAGCCGUAAAAAGGAAGUGAGGCAGUAUUGGUACAAAUACAUAGACUGGAAGUCAAAUGACAAAAACAACCACAAUCUAAAACAAAUACAUGCUCUUUUGAAACAACAAUCAAAAAACUUCCUACUGUCACAUCAAACGUAUGCACCUGUUGACAUGAUUUUACAUCUAUGUGGUUCAUGGAAUAUGCCGGGAAUGCAACCAGGUUUGAGGAUUUCUUCAACUGAACCAUGAACAGUUGAAGACAGAGUAGGAUAUCAUGCUAGAGUAGACAUGGAUUGUGCUGUUUAUGCAAUAACCAGUGACUGUGGUUUUUCCUUUGAAAUUGACCCACAGCACAUUCAAGAUGCAGAUGGUUUAAUUUUUUUCUAAAUGUUUCCAAAUCACAAUGGCUAGAGACCAGAGUUCAGUUUCCAAGUAAACUAAGAAAUGCAGAUGAAGGCUCAACAGAUGAUGACAUCGUCGACAACACUGGCACAAAAACGUCGGUGGUGUGGAGGCAUUUUGUUUUUUUGAAGCAGAGUAAUGUGCACUGCAAAUGAUGUCGGGUACAUGUUCUCACAAAGUCGGGGAAUACUUAAAAUCUUUUACACCACCUGAAGCAGUGCCGCACAGCAGAGCACGCGCAAUGCAAAAUGUUACAAACCCCAAGCGGAGCAAGGAGCCAAUGGCGCCUGUGCAGCCGAAACAGCCGACCAUUCAGUCUGCUUUCUCUAUUACAACGCCUUACGACAAAAUGUCGAAGAGACUCAAAGACCUCACAGAUGCAUUAGCUUAUUGCAAAAGACAUGCUACCAAUAAUCUUUGUUAAAUUUCAUUGUUGUAUAUCAUGAUAUAUAUCGUUAUCGGCUGAUAUGAAAAAAAUAUAUUGUGAUAAACUUUUUCCCAUAUCACCCAGCUAUAAUUUGAAUUACAGAAAAUUAUGGAAAUAUGGUAAAGUGGUGUAAUGUUAACACAGACAAUGAAUUAAAAGAUAAUAAGGUUAAAGUUUAGAAAGAUUAGCUGGCAUAGGGUCACAUUUAUGGUCAUAUACUGACUUUAUUGUAUACAAGUUACAGUUGUAUCCUCUAAGCAGUUUGAGCACACAGGACAUCAGAAGGGACAAAACAUCUGCUGGUCAUCAAAAGCAGUCAAUAAUCUAGCAGUGGUCCGUAUGUUGAUCCCUGAAGGACGCCAUAAUCAUUUUCAUGCUCGGUUUAAAAAAGCUUGAUAAUGACGCAAAUUACCCGUGAUAGCAAGCAAAAUAUAUGCAAAUUUAAACUGCAGCUUUAGUUUCAUGCAUGAUGAUGUAAUUCAUUCUUUGUAAAAAAAAACUGCACAAAAACUGGAACAACCUAGAAGCAAACAACAACAAGCACAAACUGGUGCAAGCAGGAACUGCUUUGAGAGGCCUCAGCAGCUGAAGACGACAGGUACUGAUGCAGUACAUCAGUGAUAUAAAAGAGGGUGACGGCAGCCUGUGUAUUAAGGGACAGAAAAACUCUGACUUUCCAUCAGUAUGUUUACACACCCCAAAUGUUUAUCAUGCAGCAGACAGACAGAGAGUUAGACCAGUCCCUUGGGGGGGAUGUCUUAUCUGGAACUCGUUGCUAAUUGAGGUCAGAGCUAUCAGCACGGACACAUUUUGCCUCUCACUUUUUUUUUGGGCUCCAACGCUGGCCACUACAACAACCUUUUUUAAUCAGCCUCUGCACAUGUUGCACCAACUAUUUAACUGCUUGGCCUUAUUUAAAGUUUGGAUCAAGAUCCAUGCUGAGGGAACAGUCCCUGACAGUAGUCCAGGAAUCCUUUUAAAAACUGGAUUUGUAUGUGGCUGUGGCGUUGAGUUUGGCUGGUUAAAGCCAAGGCCACAGCUUCCAAGUAAAAUAAAACUCAUGGACAGGCUUUGCCUCACACACAGGCAUGGGUUUCAGUCUUACAGUUUGUAGUUGUAUUAUUAAAAGCUUCAUUUAGCCAAUCCAUAUCCCAUGAUUUUCUAAUACGGCUGAUUGUACUUGCCAUUUAAAGGUUAACUGACACCAACUUUUAGUUUGACGACUGUUUUUAGGCAAAAAGUUAGGAUUCAAGAAAAUGUGAUGGUCUUUUCCUGUGCUUUCUGACAUUAUACUGUCAUUUGAAGAAGGUUUUUAAAUACAGAAGGUUACAGAAGGACCAAAGAUAGCUAUGAAAGAGCCACACGUUUUCCAAAGCUCAGAUAAGAGAUACAACAGAGCUGUGUCUUCAAGGGCUUUAACUGUCACUGCUUUAAGACUAAAAGAGGCUCAAUCUGAUAGACUACCUCUAAAACCAAGCCAGAGUCAACAUACCGGAGGAAACAUAACAUCCCAAAUGAAACGCAGCACUGCAGCCUCUUGCUGUGGGAGAAAGUCUAAACACAUCUUACUCUUGACUGAACUUGUGCAGUUUUGCAAAGAGAAAAUGAGUGAAAUUCCAGGGUCCAGAUGUGCAAAACCAUCCGAUUCUAGGAUAUUCAAACUUGUUUUGACCUGCCAGGAAACCUUCCUUCAGUGAUUUCCAGAGAACUAUAAAAAUCAUCGCUCUAUUUCAACUCUCAUACUCAUGCCAGAAAAUCCAUGACUCCUGCUAAAUUCAACACGACCACAUCCCUCAAUGUCACACCCACCUUGCUUGCAAACAAGUGCAGUAUCUUCAGUGACAACACUGACAGAUACAGGAAACUGCCUGAGCGAAACUGAUCAAUAGAUUGGAUCUAGGCUGAGCCUGGUUAAACAGACACAUAUUACUCUGAUUCAGACAAGUACAGAUGAUCUAGUUAAGCGUAGCGGUGAAUAGUUCGUCUAAAAGAAUGCUGGGUAUGUGCAAUGUUUAUGGCACCUAACGCAUAACAAUACACUGACCUCUACCUGAGUCAUUUAUGAUAAAUGAACUGAAGACUACACACAUCCUGUGGUGUUCCUUGCAAUGAGUAACAUUCCCAUUUAGUUACUGGAGAGUUUUUCAUGACAGUAAUUAGAGUGUGUGUCAUACUUAGUCACAUUUUGUCAAAAUGAAACCGUUGUAAAUGUUAUAUUGCAGGCUCAAAUAAAAGACUAAAACGGUGCAGUUACCCAUUGCUCACCUGAUUUGUGUUUAUUUAUCUAGGUUAAACAAACCACCUACAUGGAUCUGCCCUUUUGGGUAUGCCAGUAAACCAAAUGACGUUAUGUCUGGGGUCAUCACAUCACCUUGUCAGAGUGAGCAUGGAUUCAGCCAGCUGCCUCUCAGCUUUAAACUUCUGACCAGUGCCGUUUUAGCUGGUCAGGCUUUUUGGUCUUCUCAGCAGUAGUCAUGAGCUUUUUAAUCACCCCCUUCCAAUAACGGAGACGCUGUUAAUGUUUCAGCGCUUUUUAACUUCCCCCAAAAAAACGUCUAAAAACAUAACUAUGCGACAUACUUUGUUAAAUACGACUAUAAAUCGUAGAAAAUUACACUUUAUCGUUCGUGUUACUUCCUCUUUCUGUUGGGUUAGAUGCAAAAAGCCUUUCCAACCAACUUUGGCACUAACUCUUUUUGUAGCAACAACAACACACUUUUACCCACUUUUUUCUCAUGGUAUCUCCCUUUAAUGGCAAACACAUUUUGAGCUCAAAGUUAUGUUCCCUCUGGUAAAAAAAUAAGCCACACAUGCUGUGAGACCACUGUGUGGUAUUGUCCCAGCCCUUAUCACACCAUUCAGUCGUCCUUUGAAGUAUUCCAAUGCAAUUUUACAUCGCUCCAUCAACAUAAAAACUGCGACACAGACCACAGAUUAAUGCAAUAGAAGUAAGAUUAGGAGCACAUGUUUCUUCUUGCAGCAUUCUGAGUGCUGUUUUAAAGUAUUUGCUGUUUUGACACAUGACAGGCUAUGGGGCUUAAAUAACAGAAAAACUGCUUUUGUUAUCUCCUCCUUAGAUUACGCUGAUCAUUACUAUGGCAACAAUAUGUCACAGUAACACAAAAAGCUUUAGCCUUGCAGUAGCUUUUUGAUCUAUUUUGCACAAGCCAAACCAUUUUCUCCAUAACAUCUGCUGACUGUGUUCUCCCCUGUCUGUGACCUGAAUAGAUCUUGCAGAGUACAAAAUGCAUAACCCCUGAACUGAGAAUAAUGUACUUUCCCUAUACCGUAUAUCUGUCAGUGGUUAUGCUCUUCCAAGAAAUACCUCCACCAAAUUUUCUCCACUUUCUGUACAUGUUUUAAAAGUAACUACUGAAUCAAACAAAGUGUGACCCAAUCAGAAGCAAAUUGAGUUAUGUUUUACAAGCACUUAAUACCACCAUUUAAAGCAUGUCUGACAUUUCAUCACACUUUAUUAAGGUGUGUCUAAAUGAAAGAAGUUGAUUCAAUAAUGUAACUGCUUCCUCAAAGUCUCAGGUUACAUGAUUCACAGUCAGUUUCAGAGUUCAUAUUAGUAUAUUGUUGGUUUCAGGAUGACAUGAACAAUGAAGACAACACCUCAUCCAAGCUCUCAACCAGAACCCUCCCCUCCCCUCCCCCCCGGUUACUUUGACUGGAAAAUGACUAGGCAGCUCUGAAGAGAAUUAACUUACCUGGCUUGUGGAAUUCAUUUUCAGUCCAACUAUAUCAACCUAAAAGUAACUUGACAUCCUCUUCCUUAUCAUUUAAUCUAAUACAGCACAAUUUAACGGAGCAGUCCUGCAAUUAGCUGAACCUGCAAAACAGUCUCUUUUUAAAUUAAUACCAUUUUCUGCAGCUGGUUUUGUUCUGAGCAUGUUUUUUUAAUCAGACAUUUCCUUCUGCUUUCUUUGAACACUCAAAUGUAGCACUGAUCACGAAUCUGUGCCGUAAUCACUUCUUUUGAUCUUACCCUGCUGCAGGGUAGGCGCCAAUAAUUUCUAUUAUUCACAGAACAUCAAUGACACACAUCAAUGUUAUUUUCAGUAUGUUUCAUAAGACUCCAAAUAGACUUAAAAGAGUUGAACAAUGUCCUACAGGGUUAUUUUUCUCUCUCAUGUUUUGUCUGGACUCCACUGGUAGAUGAGUGUUCAUCAAUCAGUCUGGUUCUGCUUGAGCUUUCUGUCUGUUAAAGACAACGUUUUAUCUUGCCGCUGUUGCUUAAUGCUUGCCCAUUGUUGGUGGAUGAAGCUGUAUAUCUGUAAAUAGGUUAUUAUCACAAAAAGUGUCAGUGAAGAUCUGCUCUAUAAGAGACGUAUAAUUAAUGUUGAAACAAUAAACGAGUAGGGGAGAGUGGGGUAAGAUGGGCCAUUUUUCAUAUUUCGGAUCACUACUUUAAAGCAAUUAUAGUUUUGUCUCUAAUGAGUGUAUCUGCAUAUAUUUCAAGACAUAGUGCAUCCCUGGAAACCAACAGAAGGAGCGUAAACAUAUCUGUCUUGAUAAUAUAGCAUUCCAGAAAAGUGGUCUCUAAUGGUCAACUUACUCCGUGUAUGGGGUAAGUUGACCAUAGAAGCGGGGUAAGUUGAGCCAAAUCCCUACUACCCCCCACUCUCAACCCCAGUCCUCCCUCAACAAAUAUAAAACAAAUUUAAAAUGAGAGAUUUCUUCGCACGCCUGGCCCUGUAAAGACAGCUCCGAGAGGAACGGAGACACUGACACCAAAAAGACAGAGAAAUACGACAAAAGUUUCCUUCAGUAUGGAUUUACGAGUGUCAUUGAGCGCAAUGAAGAGAAGCCAAAAUGUCUGCUGUGUGGUCUAAUUCUAGAAAAAAAAGUGUCUCGGGGGUCCCCAGCAAUUUGUGAUGUCAAAAUGGGGUCACGGCUCACAAUAGGUUGGGAACCCCUGGUCUAACCCCUUCACCUAUGCGCUUCGAACCUCCACAGACUCCAUGAAUUGAUGCCCAUCUCCUAAAUAUUUGGUCACAUGAUCAAUUUCUUUUACCAUUUCCAAGCAACAGGGGGUGGCUCAACUUUACCCCACUCUUCCCUAUAAUUAAUGUUGAAACAAUAACAGAGUACUUUCUUAGUGAGUUCAUUAAUUUGAGCUUAAAAAGUCCUUAAAAGUCAAGUUCAUAUAGCCCUAUUAUGGUCUGUUCAAUGAGUUUCAUGAAACCUACAACACGACUGUUGCAUUAGGACCAUAAUAGGGUAGAGUGUGCAUAGACUAUGAUGUAAACUGGUGGUAUUCACAUCUGUCUAAAUGGUACAAUAUUGGUAAGCUUUUUAUCCAUGGGGCAACUUGUGACUUUGUUCCCAUUUGUCUCCACACAAAAACAUUGCACUUUGAAGCAACAGUGCCCUCCUUAUCACUUCAUGGGGUUUGUUUAAAAAUGCAGAGCUCAGCACAUCUGUAAAACAUCAUGAAUCAGCUGUUUUAUCGCCUUUAAUUGUACUUGCUAAGCUAACUACAACAGGUGGCAUAACAACGGCUACAGAAACACUCACACAACUCACCGUGGCCGUCGUCUUUUAGGGUCUUUUGGCUGCUUAACUUCCCCCCAAAUCAGCACAGCUCGGUCGGUUGAACGUCCUGCUCGGUUGGUCGUAGUGGACGAGCUCGCGUCGUUUUGGCUAAACCAGAGACGUUAGCCGUCCGAUGGUGCCCCAAUACUUUCCCUGUCAGAGACCAUAUCCCCUAAAAUAUCUUCCUCUGACAUCUUGCACACACUCGGCAAACUCCGUUAUUUUAUGCCCAACUCGACGGUUUGACCAGGUUAGGAAACGAAACUCAGGCAACUACUGCCCUACUUCUCCUUCUGUUUACGUCUUUCUAACUUAUUGGUCCUGCGCACACAGUCUAUGGUCUGACUGUGUAAGCCGAUGAGUUUACUCUGUCUGAUGAUGAUGAUGAUGGUGGUGGUGGUGAGGAGGAGGGCGGAGCAGAAGAUCAGCUCAGGCUUUCUCUCUCAUAGAUGUUCUCUCUGACCUGGGUUUGCUUCUUCCGCGUUUGACACGGAAGCUUUUAAUAACCACUACAGGAUUCCCUCUCACGGUUUAUUAAAGCCAUAACCUAUAAAACUCAAUCUGUGCAGUGAAAGACAACAUAAUAUCUGACUAAGUUCAAUCACAGAGAAAUCAGAACCUGCUUUAAUUGUUAUUUACUGUGUCAUUAUACCUGGGUAAAUACCAAGGCACCAUCCUGGAUGACAGACUGUCCUUUGAGACCAACUCAGAUCCAAUCUGCCAAGGGCAAAUCAGAGGUUAUUUCAUUUGAGGAAAUUGAGAUGUUUAAAUGUUGACAAAAAGCUUGUUAAAAUGUUUUACUCUUCUUUUAUUGAGUUCAUUUUAACCUUUUCUAUGAUAUGUUGGCAGAGCCGACCCAAGCCUCAACAGGGCCCUAAGCAACAUUUGAUUUUGGGGCCCUCUAUUUCUGCCAAUAAUAUUGAUUGUUAGUCAUUCACACACCUACUACAGUAUAAAUUUAAUGCGCCUGACAUGUCUUUACACAUUUAAGGGGGUGGCCUAGAUAAGAACAUAAAUAAUACCAAUGCAACCAUACAAAUAGUACCAAUGGAUGAUGUUCAGGGUGCCACAUGAGGUUUUUAAUCUCAAAAUGUAACACAUUCAGGAUGCUCAGUGCACACUGCACAGCAGGAGGCACAUAACGGUAGCGGAGCUUUGACGUAUCGGGAGUAGGAAUAAUGGGCCUACAUCAGCAGCAGCACUAAAAUGUUUUUACUUUAUUUUAUGUUUUUAAAUAAAACGUAUACAUAAAAUACAUACAAUAAUACAAAGUUUGUCCACAGCUCCUAAGGAUGGCUGGUGAAGGUGGGAUUUAUGAACUGUACUGCAGCCCGUCACCAGAGGGUGCUGUUCUCUGAGUGGCGUCACCCAGCGAUGAGGCAGAUGGUGUCCAUUCUAUAUACAGCCUAUGGUUAAAACCACUAAGUAUAUGAAAUGAUCAUUACAUUUUCAGGGCUGCCAAGUUUUAGAAAAUGACAAGAGUGAGACUUUAGUGAUAUGAUGUGUCGCAGCGAAACAUUUUUUGCCUUUUUUAACGUUGAUUUAUACCUUAAGACUGAUGUCCUAGUUACCUACCGUCCGCUUUCAAGAGAGCAGGUGUACGUUGAGUGGGUUUUAAAUGUCGGCGCUGUUGUGUGUGAAAGAGAGAGAUUGGUUCUGAUUGGUUUAUAUUGCAUGGUGCCUUCCGUGGUUGGUUAGAUUUAGGCACAAAGGACUGAUUGAUUGGUCUGGUAUUAGUUUUCUCGGUCAGUCAAUCUGAGUGACUCAGACUACGGCAAGCCAAGUUUAUGAUCAUGAAAAAAAUAAAUACAGAAUAUUGAAUGGGGAAACAUAAGCUAGAGAAAUGUCAAGUGUGGCGUGUGGUGUGAGAAUGGGUCAAAUUGCGUGACACUCAAAGCAUGAUGCUUGGCAGCUCUGCAUUUUAGCUCAUUUUGGAAUUUUGUAAGACCUAGAAGUGGGAUAAGUGACAGGGAAUUUUAUGAUAAUUGAGGGCUUUGGGGAGGAUUGGCUGAGUUGCUGCUGGCUUGAGACUGAAAUAAUGCUAUUGAGGAGGAGAAGAGAAGUUAGAGGAGUGGAGCGGUCGGUUGGAGUGGUGCUUGAGCCCAGUUGUGGGAGGCACACCACAUGGGCAGCAUUCAUCCAGCAUAAUGGACGAGCAGGGCCUGUUGAUUGUGUUAUGAAAGGCAGGUGUCCAAGCCGGGAGCGCCAGGAAAGCCGCACCUAGCCUCUGAAAGAUAAACAAACUCAUACGGGAAACCAGACCACAAGUGAACAAAAAAAGAAGCAGUACAAGUCUUACAGAGACACAAACAAAUAUACUGGAACACCACACUUUCUGGCCAAAAAAAUGACUCCACAGGCACCAACCAUUGGAUAUCGAGGGGCAGAUUUCACACUAGCAGUGCUACCCAAGACAUGCAUUACACGUAUCAUUAAAAUGUCUUCAAGCCCGGUUUAGUCCACAGCAGUUUCCACUGUUUUACCCUCUAAACUACAGCAUACAAAGACAACAAAUUAGCUUAAAAACAAAACUAAGCAUCACACACUGCAGAACACAGUGCAUGAGGAGUUAAGUGUAGUCAUCCCGUUCAUCUUCAAGUUAAACAAAAGACUUCAUUAAACUGGAAUGUUUUACCAUGUCCUGAACUUUAGCCAACACAUGAGUACCAACAUGGAGCAAAAAUUAAGUCUGCAUGGUUUUGAGUUUAAUUUAAUCAAAUGAGGCUGAAUGGUUUUGUUUGAGUGUUAUUUUCUGGGCUCUUUAUUGAAUGGUGGCUGCCAAAGAUCAGCUAAAUGGCUUAAAUAUUGGAAAACAAAUUUAAAAUGAAUGCUUUCUAAAAGUUGUCCUGAUGUGUGAUUGAUAUAUGGAAAAGAUCCCAUGCCAUCGAAGUGUUUGUUGUUAUCCAAAUGAAGCCUAAAUUCUUCGACAAUAACUCCUAUUUGUACUUCUCUUACUUAGAAGAGUAAAAGUACUGUUUGGCAUUAUCAUAGAGAUCCUCUCUGCUACGGGGUUUUGCUUUGUUGAUACGAUUUGGGAGAUUAUCAAAAUGCUUUCAGUAAGAUAUGGCAGGGCUCCAAUUGGCAUACCCCUUUUUGCUUCCACAGUGAAUAAUCCAGCUACAAAACACACUUGAAGCAGUUUGGCCUCUUGGUUAGGUUGUGCAUCCCAUGUACAGAGACAUAAGUCCUCAAGCAGGCAGGUUUGAUUUGAAAGCGAGGAAUCUGUAGCAGACAGGAGUGUGGUUUCAGGAAACAAGGAUCAACUGCUGACUUAAGUGCACAGCAGAGUAUUGAUUUCAAAAAGGAGCAAAGCGAAUCAGAAAUGUCACAACAGUAGGCCUAAAGUAGGGCAGAGCAAACACAAUGCUAUCAUCAAAUUCCACCCUUCACACAAACCUCAACCUGACACAUACACCAAAUUUGCAUAACUGAAAAGUGCUCUCGAUAGGGGUUCCCCAACCUAUCAAACUGUCCUAAGAUGUACAGCAAAAAGAGGAAACGAGGCCACUAGAAAGGUCACAUAUGAGUGUUUGUUAUAUUAAUAAAAUUAUCCUCUGAACCAUAUUCUGUCCUGCUCAGCCACAGUGUAGCAUUAAAGCACACCAGGUACAAAGUGGAAUAUGCCACAUGUCCUUCUGUCAUUUAAAGGCUUGACCUCAACUCUCAACUCAUCUCCAAACUUUUUGACAAAAGUUCUCGAAUCAUUGAUAAAUAGGCACCUAAGUAAUCUUCUAUCUCCCAAUAUAAUUACUUUGCUCAUUGAGGAUUUAGACCAGGUCAUGGUACAAUGUCUUCAAUGAUAUAGUAAAAUAAACCGACCAAUUUACCCCUCUAUGACCUUUGAUGCAGUUGACCACUACAUUUUACCAUGUGCAUCAUCUUCCAUUGGAUUUCAAAUAUCUGGUUUUCCAACGCUGUUACUAACAGAACUAAAGCAACACCACAUGUACUGUACAGUCAUUCUCUAUGGAGUUCAGAAAGGGAUCUACCUUUGAACCACUUUUGUUUUCUUUAAGUAUCAAUGACAAAAAAAGAAAAAUUCAUCAUUAUGCUGAUGAUACCAUGAUAUUUUGUUUCUGCUCUGCUUCGUCUCACACAAAUGCUGACCCCCUAAAGUAAAUUAAUGACCAAAUAUUUCACCCAAUGAUAUAAACAUUAAAUGUGUUCAAUGGUUUAAGUAUCUGGCUAAAUCGGGAUCUGUCUUUUAGAUCACACAUAUAAAAUUUAAUUGAAAAGCUGUGCAAGAGUUAGUCAUGCCAAAAAAGAGAGAAGUAGAAAACAUAUUGCUCAAGGUACAAUACUACCAGUUUCUGAUCACUGAGAUGUACUCUAUAUGCCCGCAGCUGCUUUAGGACUGAAUUGGGAAAGACGGCAUUUAGGGAAAUUAUUUGGUAACUGUGUGUAUCUUUGUUUUAUUUUACUGUAGGGCACCUCUAGAGACGAACCCUUGGUGUAGAUGGGGUCCUCCUUGCUAGGAUGAAGGAUAAACAAAAUGAAGAAAAAAAAAAAACAUAUUAUCCAAGCAGACGAAAGGCACAGAGUUCAUGUGAAUAUGGAAAGGAACAUGGCUGAGCUCCAGAUCUCCUGGCCUUGAAACUUCGGUUUAGUUAACAUUUCAGCCUUAUAUGCACAAAAUGACAACAAGAGAGGAAAAAACAAACAAACACAAACAAAAACAUUACAAUGACACGUGAAGACAUUGACCUGGUGAAAGUGAAAACAACAACUUGGUUGGUAUCACGUUGAAACUGGCCUCAUCAUCCAAAAAAAGGGGUGCAUUGCAAAAAAACUACUUUACAAAACGGUAUACAAACAAAGCACAUGGGGGGCAAAAUCUAAUCCUUCACAAAUCCUCCUGGUAAUGAGCUUCAAAAAGUAAGCUAAAUUCAAUACAACAGACCACAAACCUGGCAUGAUAAUCAAUAAUCUCUGUUACAGAGCUAAACACCCGAGGCCCUUAAAUCUCUAAUCUUCAAAUGUGCUGUAUUUUGGCCCUGAGAUAAUUAUUCGUCCUCCUCCUUUUUUCUUCUCAGGUACCUUCCUGCACCAAUUUUUUUUAAACCAGUAUUGUUAGCUACAUGUCUUGGUGUCUAAAAGCAAUCAUCAAUAUUUUCAUUUGACACCAAACUCACUGAUUGUUGUAAUAUUUUAUGAUAAAAAUAUAUAUGAUGUCCUCCCCAAAAUCAGUGAUUUAUCAAAAAUAUUCCAUUGCCAACACAACUACAAUUUAAGCUGCUGUAGACACUCUAGAUAAAUCACUACAUGUGAUCACUGUAUCAUCAUAAUACAUUUUCCAUCUUAAACAAUCUUCUUUAUCUUUAACAGGCACGUGAGGGGUUAACUAGUUCAUGUGGCCCUGCGCAGUAUACACACUGCUGUUUAAAUCUAAGAGGCUCAGCAGACAGCAGGAGUAGGCAGGGAUAUCACUGCUUCACCACUGAAAAGAUCUAUCUUAUUCCUCUGCAUGUGGAAGACAUUAACAUUUUUUCCAUCAAUGCCUGUGGUCCAACUUUCAAGUGAAUAGAGAGCGCCUGUUCACCCAGUGCUUUUAUGUGGUUCUGGACCAAGAGAAGCACCCUGGAUCCAACAGCUCAGGUUGAGUCAGCAGUUGAAGGUGAGGCUGGGUCUUCAUAGCUUGUAUUUUUCUGGCAUAUAUACUUGUAAUCAAAUCAAGAAAAUAUAAUGAUUGAUGUUGGAUCUAUGAGUUGACUGUGGAUCAGUGGGCCUCAUAUAUGCAGGGGCGUGUCUUUGUGUUCUGACUUAGGUGGUCUGUCUGGGUCAGCAAAUAAUACAGGGGUGGCAUUUGCGCACAUAAACAUCCUAAAAAAAUUUUUUCUAUUCCUUUUCCCUCACAUUAUAUCUACUUUGAACUUUAAUGGAUAUCGUCGGGUUGUAAGAUAUUGUAAAAUAAUGAGGUGCCGGUGUGUUUUUAAAAUAAUAAUAAUAAUAAUAAUAAUAAUAAUAAUGAUAACAAAACUCGCCCUGUCUCCUUUUAAAAGUCAAUCAUAUCUGUUAUUAUGAAUAAUUUAUGUGAUUUUUUUGGUAAAUAAGCUGUUCCUUCAGCAUGCUUUCUCAUUUAACACAAACCUUGUACACCUCUGCAGUGGAAAUAGCUGUUUGAGAUUCUUAGAUACUGAAUUAUUCCUAUUUACGUAUGUAAGACUCUUAGCCCCAACACAAUAAAAAUAAAUGAAUAAAUAAUAAAUAUAAAGGCCACUGAGACCAAAAGUUUUUUAUGUAACAUGUUCUAAUUUUUUAUUUAUCUAUUUUUUGGUCUUAAUUUUCAAGCUUCAAAUGUUGCUGCUUAGUUUGAACUGUGGAUCUGCUUCUGACAAGGCAAAUAUUUAGUCAUAGUGCAAUAUUAUUUGGUGGCACCCAGAGUUCUGAUCAAAUUUCUAGAGGGAGCAUGCCAUAUGAGGCCACAGCGUAUUUAAAUAUUCAUCGCCACCACAACUGCAUUUGUUUGCACUGAAGAUUCUUUUCAUUCCAGACAGGCCACCAUGUCAAACUCCCCUGACACUCUGCUGUUCCGUUUCCCCGCCCACACUGACUCCAUCCUCAUGAGGAUGAACGCUAUGAGAGAGGAGCUCCGCUUCUGUGACAUCACACUCCUCAUUGGGGGUCCACCAGGGGCUACAGCCCAGCCUCUCUGCUUCCACGGCCACAGGGUGGUGUUUGCAGCAUCCUCAGAUUUCCUGCGGGACCAGUUCCUGCUCCAUGAAGGACAUGCCGAGCUGAACGUGGGUGUAGUUCCGAGCACGGAGGUCGGGAAGAGGCUUUUGCUGUCCUGCUACACAGGACUACUAGAGGUGCUAAAUCAUCUUAAGUUUUCCAAACUCAUGUCAAAUCCAGGAAACAGCCUGAUUCCCAAAUCUACUGCAGUUAAAAGAUAUUCCAGGGCUGGUUCCUGUUGCACCAGGAGAGUUUAAGGAUGAAUAUUAAAUGUGACAUUACAACAGAAAGAUUUAAACAAAAAGUGGCUGUUAGGUAAGAGGAAGGUUGUAGCUGUGAUUUUGUUUUCGUGCUGAAGUGGGGCUGAGGCUUUUUGUUGUUUCUUUUUAUCAUUAAUUUAUUAUUUGCUUGGCUAACAUUAAUAAUUUGUUACUUCAGGUCCCGCUGACAGAGCUGGUAAGCUACCUCACUGCAGCCAGCGCUCUCCAGAUGGUCCAGGUGGCGGAGAAAUGUGCAGAGGCUGUAUCCCAGUACCUCUGUCCCACUCUGGCCUUCCUGACAAUGGACCAGCCCUCACGGGAGGAAGGAACCCGGCAGCCAGAAAGCAGCCAGCAAGAGAUUAUUUACAGAAAUGAGGAGGAAAGCGGUGCAGCCCAACCUGGCAUCAUCAAACAGGAAGUUGAUUUAGAGGAUUGUACAUCCAAGCCAGGGGUUAGUCAAGGCCACAAUGCGGAUAUCCAAAGAAUGAGGGAGGUCAGAGAUGACAGGAGGGAAGUUUUAGAAACAAAAGACUUAAGUGAAGUUUCAGCUUGUUGUUUGGACGUCCUGAACUCAGUGGAAGGUGGAGAGAUCCAGCCUGUUCACAAACUUAAGACUUCAUAUCAAGCUGAUCGCAUUGCACUUGGUCCAAGAUGUAGACUGCACUUUCCUAUCCAAGCUUGUCUGUCCCCCAAAACAGGAGGAAGCUCUGCCAAUCAUGAGCAACUGUUACAGAGUUAUACAAAGCAAAAUGAGGAAGGAGAUAGGAGAGGAGAUGAAGCAGAAACAAUAACCCAGAGGCCUUAUCUGUGCAGGAGGUGUGACCGAGUUUUCCAGGAUCUGAGCAGCUACCUCGGCCACUUGAAGGAGCACAGACAAUACCUGUGUUUGGUCUGUGGAGAGGGUUUUUCCCAGAAGAGCAGCCUGAGUCUCCACAUACAAGUCCACACUGGUGCGAAGCUUUUUCGAUGCCCGCUGUGCCACAAGACAUUUUUUCACAAGGCCACGCUGCAAGACCACCUCAACGUGCACACAGGAGAUAAACCCCACAAGUGCCACUACUGCGCUGUGCACUUUGCACACAAGCUGGGCCUAAGGCGCCAUCUUAAGGGCAUGCAUGGGAAGGGCAGCCUACAGAACAUAACAGAGGAGACUGUCAACUAA